UUAAGCCCGUCUCACACGGAGCAAGGUUCGCCGCAAGUUUGCGAGAUGGCGUGCAUGCCUGCAGGCUUGCAGGCAAGGGAGCCGGCAAUAUUCCAUGCCGAAGCUCUCCCACGGUGCAAGAUCGGCUGCUAGUUGUGUUGUGAUCGGCUGCGUGUUGUAUCGAACGAAGAUGGCUGCUUCAGGUACAGAUGUUCAGAGCAAACUGGCAUUAUUAGCUCUUUUGGUGCUAAACGAUGCAGAAAUACAUGCUACUGAGAGAAGAAGAAAGAAAGAAUGGACGAAAAACUGGAUUAAGAGGAGAAACGCUGGGAAAGGUGUGCUCUCCAUGCUUCAUAAAGAGUUGAGGAUAGAAGAUCGCACAUCCUUUGCAAAUUUUAUUCGAAUGGAUGUAUUGGUAUUUGAAGAACUGCUUCGAAUGGUUUCGCCUUUGAUUCAGAAGAAAGACACUGUGAUGCGUCAGGCAAUUACGGCGCGGAAAGGGCUUGCUGUCACACUGCGUUUCCUAGCGACCGGAAACACUUACAAAGAUUUGGCCUAUUCUACACGAAUAGCGAACAACACGCUCUCCCGUAUGAUACCAGAGACUUUGACGGCCAUAGCAAGCGUGUUAGGAGAUAAUGCGAUACAGUGUCCACGUGAUCCUGCCUAGUGGAAAGUAAUAGAAGAUGGGUUCCACAGCCUCUUAGGCCUCUGCGCUCUGAUGGUUCAUCAUUCAGAAACUACAAAGGUCACGACAGCAUAGUUCUUUUAGCUCUAGUAGAUGCUAAUUAUAAAUUUUUGUUUGUGGACAUUGGCAGAAAUGGAAGAAUGAAUGAUGGUGCAAUAUUCAGAGAGAGUGCCUUGUUCAUGAAACUCAUGGAUGGUUCAUUAAAUUUGCCACCAAAGUCUCCACUUCCAGGUAGUGACAUCUGUGUUCCCUACAUGUUUGUGGCAGAUGAUGCUUUUGCGUUAAAGGAAAAUUUAAUGAAGCCAUAUCCUGAACGUGACAUGACACCUGAAAAAAGAAUUUUUAACUACAGAAUUUGUAGAGCACGUAGAGUUGUGGAAAAUGCCUUUGGCAUAAUGUCAAACAAAUUCAGAAUUUUGCUGCAGACUAUUCCACUAUCUGUUUCCAAAGUAGAGCUCAUUACAAAAGUGUGUUGCUUGCUACAUAAUUUUGUAAUUGCCAGAAACUCUCAAGGAUAUAUCCCUCCAAAUGUAGAUGAAUUACCAUGUCUUCCUGGCAUUGCUACUCAGGGUGCAAAUCAUAGUGCAGCCAGUGCAAGAGAAGUGAGACAACAUCUGACAUGAUAUUUCAAUACUGUUGGCAGAGUUCCAUGGCAGGAAAGGUGUGUUCAGGAAGGUAACAGAUAAUGGUUUACUAUGUUUCUGAAACAUUACCUUAUUCAUUGUUUCAUUUUCAGUCCUUUGGCAUAUUGACAAUGAUUGUGUGUGUGUGUGUGUGUGUGUGUGUGUGUGUGUGAGAGAGAGAGAGAGAGAGAGAGAGAGAGAGAGAGAGAGAGAGAGAGAGAGAUAUAUAUAUAAAUAUAAAUUUAUAUGUAUCUAUAGAGAGAGAGAGAGAUAAAUAUAAAUUUAUAUGUAUCUCAAGCAAUGAUUGGAACCUGUGCAAGACCUUGCAAAAAUCUGAUCUUAUUUUGUAUAACAGCUCCACAAUUAAUUACCUGGGACAUGGAGAGAGCCACUAUUAUGAAAUAAUAUUUUUCUUUGAUGGUUAUGAAGAAGGUAUGGAAAGACCUACUAAACAUUUAUGUAUCGCAAAUUAACAGUUUUGGAAGAUAAUUUUGUGCUGACUGUAUUUGUGGUAGUAAGGUACUGCACAAUAUUUUUUUCUGAUUGAUAGCACUUGGAUGUAUAUGCUUAUUUUUAUUUUACUUAUUUAUUUAUUCAUUCAUUGAAGGAUCAUCUAACAAUUAUCUGGUAUUUGUCACCAUAAUACGAUGGAAAGACAUAGUUUGUAAAUAUACAUAUAUGUGUACAUAUAAGUAUGCUUUUGGGAUAGGACAGCUGGUUGGUUGUGGCCUUGACACAACCUUGAUGAGGGGUAACAUAAAUCAGGAUGGCCAAAUAGGGCCUGCUCCAACCUCUAAAAUAUGAGGUUACUAUUUUAACAGUUGGAUUGGCUUAUCUGUUUAGCCCCUAUUGUACAAUGUUCUUUGAUUUAAGUACUGUCUGUUCCAGAUAACUUAUAAUACAAAUGUGGUUUUACUGUUCACUUUUGGACACGGAACAGCAUUUAGUGAUAACUCUGGAUCACAAAUUUGCUGCUAUACACAGUGCUCUAACUGUAGUCUGCUUGGAAAACUGGCUCCAAACUGGUAGACAUACUUCUAUUCCCACCUUUGUCCUGAGUCUUCAUCCCCUGUUAUUCACUUCAGAUAUUGGCAAAGGAUUACAGUAUUUUACGGUGUCGGGAUGAUGAUGUUAUCCCAUAUUACUAUUAACCACUUCCAUUAACACUGUAUCAGUGAUUCCCAACCUUUGUGAAACAAUGUUUCUGCAUGGAGUCAGAUAUUAGCUACUACCCAUGCACAUUAAUUUUUGUUGCUACUACUUUUUGAUAACCUCUUUUUUUUUAUAGAAUGAUGGUGGUAGUCUCAGAACAACAUGUUAAAAUUGGUUCAUUGUACUCCUGUUCGUAAGCCACUUGAUUUUUAGACUCCUUGCGUUUGAAAUACCAGUAACUAGAAGACACCAUUUUGCUACUGUUAUGCAUGAGAACUGAAUAAUAAUAAUAAUUUGUGUGGCACAAUGGCAAAGUGCCUUUCUUUUGAUGUGAUGCCACUUCGGCAACUUGCAUAUUCCAAAUCUAAUACUGUUAUCAAGAUGGGACAUGUCAUUUUUGGCAGCUCCUCACAUCACUGAAAGGGGAAUGCUACACUGAAGGCUAACUGAAAAUUUUUGUGGUCUGAACAGCCUUAAAUUUUGCUUCCUGUUUUCAGGCACACUAUCACUAGCCUCCUUUAGCAAUGUAAGAACUAUUACCUACUUUCUAUUAAUUUUGAUGUAUGUUUGAAACUGCAAAGAGAUAAUGAAGCAAUAUAUGGUUAAGAGAACUAUGUACAUCUCUGAGAAUAUAUUUAGGCAUUUAUGAGGUCUCAAUGUUGUCAUAGAUGGCUGCUACAAAGUAUGUGCAUUUUUUAUCAGUUGCAUAAAACUUUCUUAAUCAGUAUGCAUGUAUUCAAGAAUAUUGUCUAUAUUUCUAUUCAGACAAUAGGUGUCUGUUUUUGUGUGUAAGAGAUUUUCUGCUGUUCGUUUCUGGUUUUCUGUUCCAGAUGCAGCUGCCGAUACACCAACUACAUGAUAGGAUUCACGUUCAAGAAUGCUUGUGAAGUGUUCUGAAGAAAAUACUGUUGCAGUUCAUGUGUCCAUACUUAAAAAGUGUACAGAACAAAGCAGCCAUGUAAAAAGACAUUUUUACUGUGUGUGUGUGUGUGUGUGUGUGUGUGUGUGUGUGUGUGUGUGUGUGUGUGUGUGUUGGGAUUGAGCUAACUGUAGCCAUUAUAUAUGUUAUGGGAUUAUUUGUUUAUUAAGUAAAUAUCAAGCCAUCCUGACUUGGGUUUUCGUGGUUUCCCCUUGUCGCUAAGGUGAAUACCGGGAUGAUGUGUCUAAAAUGCCACGGCCGACUUCAUUCACGAGUGUCACAUUAUGUAUUUCUCUGAUACAGUUGUUAAAUUUUAAUAGGCAAAUACAAUGCAUAAACAGAA